ACGUUUUUUCUGCUCUCUUAAAAUAGCAACCACAUAAGCUCUCUUCUUCCAUGGAGUUUGGGACACCCACAAAUCAUUUUCACUGAGUCUCUCUCUCUCUCUCUCUCUCUCUCUCUCUCACCAUUUCAUUGUACCAUUACCUCACUCUAUACCGUGCAUUUGACAAUCAAGACUUGAACUUUCCAUAAAUUUAGUGCUUCAAAAAAAAAAAAAAAGGAAUUUGGGUUUCUCUGCGUGUCUUGGUCUUGAUUCUUCAAUUGUACUUUCCUGGCUAAUGUUGCAGGGGUCUAUAAAAAGUUUCUUUUGAGACUCAGCUGAGGUUUUGGAGAUCAACAUAUUGUGAUGAAAGGUUAAGGAGGAUAGCUUCUUUGUUUUUUUGCUUGAAUUGAACUUGGUUUAAUUUUUACUUGGGUGGUCCUAUUGCAUGUAAUGGAGUCCUGGAGUUAUGUUUCUGGUGAGAAAGGUUCUGUAUCUGAUGCAGCAAUUUCACCUUCUGAUUCUUAUGCAAGAAAUAGAAGUGCCUUGAUGAACUGGGAGUUAAAAGGUCCCUAUAGUUUUAGCAACAACAUGCUAGUCUCAGGACAACAAGCAAUAGAGAAUCAUGCUUUUGGGGAAUUGGGUAAUGGAGAAUUCAUAGGAAAACAGUUGCCUAAUGAUUCAAUUGGGGAUAUUUUAAAUAGCAAAGUUACUCGGGGAAGAACUGUAAAUCCGAUAAUGGCUACCCUGAAUGCCUUCUCUGGGGAGGAUGAGUCUACUUCGAAGUUUUCAAGCUCUGUCGUGGACUCUAAUAGUCGGGAUUCUUCACUCAUAGAUUUAAAGCUGGGAAGGUUUCCUGAUCAUAGAGAUGGCCAAAGUUCUAGUUUUUCUAUAGGGGCCCCCAUUUUAUCUUCAUCUGAGUCAUCUACACCCCCAAAGAGAGUUCGAGCUGCUGGAGUAAAUUCUCAUACCACCUAUUGCCAAGUUUAUGGUUGUAACAAGGAUCUCGCUUCCUCAAAAGACUACCACAAGAGGCACAAAGUUUGUGAGGUUCACUCAAAAACUGCAACAGUUAUUGUUAAUGGAAUUGAACAACGGUUUUGUCAACAAUGCAGCAGGUUUCAUUUGCUGGCUGAAUUUGAUGAUGGUAAGCGCAGCUGUCGUAAACGCCUCGCUGGCCACAAUGAGCGGCGGAGAAAACCUCAAAUUGGUAUUCACUCUGGGAGAAGUGGAAGGUUACUUCAGCAAUAUAAUGGCUUUGCUGGUGGCAGAUUUCAUGGAACUAUGUUGACAACUACGUCCUUUAUUUGCCAAGAUAUACUACCUAGUGGCCUUUUGCAUCCUGAUAAGUAUGUAACAAAUGAAUGGGGCAAGCGGAUAAAAGUUGAAGAUGGGACUGAUUAUAGCCCUCUUCCCACCAUUCCCAUCAUGGAUGGGCAUUUGCAUUUAAAAUCCCCCUACCAUCCUAGUGGUAUUGAGAAACUGUUUCCCUCUUUUCAUGGUAAUGAAGCUAAUGCAGCCACUGGAGGCAUUUUGAGUGUGAACAAUGCAAGAUAUCCUCAUGACUUUGGUGGUCCAAAUUCUGUAUCACGCCCUUUAUUCCAAGACACCUCAUUAGGAAGUGAAGACAUCAAUGUUUUUGAUGCUGCAUCAACCAUUCAAGGACUAUCUGGGAUUUCAGAUUCUGGUUGUGCUCUCUCUCUUCUGUCAUCUCAAUCACAGAACUCUUCAAGCCAUUCAUCAGGAAUUCCCAUGUCUCGUUCCCUUGUCAUUCCAGGCAGCCAUACCCAUUACAACAUGAGUCAAGUCUCAGAAAAGCUCAUCGGAGUUAGCUCGCAGGCUUCAACUACUGGGGUUUCAAAUAAGUUCUCUUCAUCAGGGAUGAAUUCAACUGAAGGGAGUCACGUGGGACCCCUACUGAUAUCUGAUGGCGGUGAAGCUGCCAACUUUGAUAUCUCUGGUGGGAUUUACCAAGGUUCGGAAUUCAUGAAUACCAAGGAUCGCCUAUCAUGCGAAGAUGGACCAACAAUUGACUUGCUUCACCUUUCAUCACAACUUCAGCGAGUGGAGCACCAAAGACAAUCGAUGCAGGUGAAGCAUGAAAAUGAGGCUUUCUGCUGCCUCCGAAUCACUUAAGUACAUAAGCAAUAAGGACCAAACACUGUGCUAUGGGAGAGGAGUGCAAUGUGCUAAAAGGUGUGCAGUUCUGGAGACAUCUAGAGUUGAUCUCGGAGAACAUAAAAGCAUCAGGUAGAGAAAAUGAUGAGAAAGUUCAGAUGCUAAUCUAACCUUCUCAGCAGCUGCUAACAGCUUGAUUUUUUUUUUAUUUAAUUUCAGCUAGACUUUGUUUAUAUAAUCAGGAAGUCAUUCCUUCCCGAGAAGUGAAUAAUAAAUGGCCCAAAGGUCAUAUCCACAUUUACUUUGCCUCCUAAUAUGCUUUCCCGUCAUGUUACCCUCAAUGUUGUUGAACAUUUCAUCAGGUCUAACCUCUGUAGUUCUAGAUCAUAAUAUAAUGACAAAUAAUUGUUUGCAUUUUUCACUUGUUAA